CUUCGAUUCUUCGAUUUUUUGUUCGUUAUCGGACACAUAAACCGAAUACAAUUAAGACAAAUAACUGAAGAUAUUUAAAUAAAUAACAUUAAACUUCCCACGUAUAAGGCUAUAAUGAUAAUCAUCACGCUAAGAAAUCUUUACGUAUCAUUACUGACAACUUAAUGGUGUUUUUUUUUCUUUCUAUCAUCCAAGACGUUAAAUAUAUUAAAACAUAAAGAGACCCCCCAAGUGGUUCAACCGUCUUCACUUUCGAUAAUGUUUAAUUGAUGGUGCCAUUUAUUAUUAUUAUUAUUUAGAAGUCGAAGUAAUUGUAAGGCACGAACGUGGAUCCGUUAUCGAAUUAUUAGAAAUGAAAUCUAAUGAAAGAUACGGUAAAUAAACAAAACGGCCGAUUGCAGCUGCACGACACUGUUUCUAUUGGUCGAAUGCAGCCUGAGGCUGUCGAGGUGCAGCGACUCACCCCGGUCCCACUAGAAUGCUGGGUGCACGACUCAACACAAGUCGGCAAGUAUCUCUCGGUCACUCAACGCUAAUAAAGCGCCAAACGGCGGUUAAUAUACGAACUAAGUUAUAUCUACUAUUUCGAAAACACAUCCCCAAACGUUCAGUUAUCGCUAUGAAAGGAAACAUCCUUUUACACUGGACGAAACUAAACGAUGAUACAGUAUCGACGAUACGCCAAGUGUGAUUGAGGUGUCGUCAGUGUCUUCAAAGCUUGGAAUGACACAUUUCGUCAAAGCUGUAAUUCCAUGCAUCGGAUAAUAGAUCAAUUAGGUGAAGCAAAAAGUAAAAGUGGAUCGCCCAGCUCUUCCGUGGCUCCGAGUUUCGUCGUCCCUCUGAACAAUGCUCGGUUGCGAGUUGGACAACCUUUGUGCUUGGAAUGUCGUGUUACCGGCCAUCCGAUGCCCGAAGUACGAUGGGAAAAAUCCGACACUUCGCUAGUGACGUCAGAGAAUGUUGUUUUGGAAAGGGAUGGAGAAUGGUGCAGAUUGAAAAUGCCUUGUUGUACAUCCAAUGAUGUCGGAGAGUACAUUUGUAUGGCUAGCAAUUUGUUAGGCUCGGUACGCACUUCGGCCCUUAUAACUACCGAAGAUGAAGUGGUAGGUCAAGAUCCUUUAAUGCCCAACGGAAUUCGUGCUGAACCAUUAGAAAAAAAAAACAAUGGGCACGCAACGCAAACUGAUAAUAAUGUAAAAAAGAGGAAACGACCUCCUCACUUCCUCCUUCCUCCUCGAAGCAAGAUGGUAUCCGAGGGAGAAAAUGUCCGAUUUCUAUGUUCCUAUACGGGUUAUCCGGAACCGGAACUCUCUUGGUUCAAGGAUCAACUGCGACUAUCCUUUUCCGGUGACAGAUUGUCUCUGGUGCAAACGGAAUCUUUGUACAUUUUACAGAUAAAUUCCGUAGUUCCAGAAGACGGCGGUGAUUAUAUUCUCGUAUUGGAGAACGAAUUAGGAAAGAUCGAAGCUUCUGCUCAUUUAGAAGUUAAAGCCAAGAAUAACCAGGGUUCUGCCUCCAUUCCUAAGAUCCUGAGACCUUUAACGGAUUGUGUAUCCACUGACGAAGAAUCGUGGACUUUAACUUGCGAAGUGACCGGAAACCCGACUCCAUCUAUUCGUUGGUACAAAGAUGGAAAAGCCAUCAGUCAGAGUGGGGAUUUCAAAAUGGUGUACGACGGACACGAAGCCAGUUUGGUUAUUUCCGAAAUCUACCCGGACGACCAAGGACAAUACACCUGUCUUGCCAAGAACACGCAUGGAGAAGCCAAAACUUCUUGCUUCAUGACCGUAAGAGAAGCGGGAAGUCCUCCGAGUUUCGUGGGAACGUUGCAAGAUCUGGAAGUGACUGACGGAGACAAGGUUACAUUUACGGUUCAAAUAAAAGGUACUAAGCCCAUAGAAGUCAUUUGGGUUCACAACGAUCAGGAGAUCAAAAACUGCAAGGAUUUCUGUUACGUGUCUCACGAAGACGGAAUCACUCAUUCCCUAGUCAUUGAAGAUGUUUUUCUCGAAGAUGCUGGACUCUACGUCUGCGAAGCCUAUAAUCAUUACGGAGAUGCCGAGACAUUAUGCAAAUUAUCCGUCAGAGAGCGUUUUCCUAUCGAUUGCCAAGACGAAAAUAUUCAAAGUACUUGCGAUGUUACUCAAGCAAAAGAGUGUACCGCGGAGAGAAGACAUUCCUCGCGAGAAAUAAAUACUUGUUUUAAGAACGAAGUAAACGAGGAAGAAGUCAAAGAACAAACCAAAGAAACCGAACCUAAUGUAAAAUCGCCCGUUUGUAGAACGGAAAGCGUUAAAUCCAGGCAGCGCCCUACAAUAGAAAACGGGGAGACCCAAUCAGAAACGGAAUGUAUGCCUCCAAAGAUAUCUCUGAAAUUGAUAUCCGCUCAAAUCCUCAAAGGCCCACAGAGUCUAACAGUAUUACAAGGUGAAUCUGUGACGUUAGAAAUUCAAUUUUCCGGUACUCCCAAGCCUUCCGUCACUUGGAUCAAAAGCGGUCGAAUCAUGUGUUGCAACGAUCGCGUUAAAAUAAAAACAGAUGACGAAUGUAGUACACUCUUCAUCCAAAAUUCAAUCGCUGACGAUAGCGGCAAGUAUGUAGUUACUGUAGAAAACAGCGCUGGUUCGGAUUGUGGCUUUGCAUCAGUGGCCGUAGUCGGUCCACCCGAUCCACCCGCGGGUCAACCAAACGUAUCUAAAAUCAUCGGACAUUCGGUAGUUCUUACAUGGUACGGUGCCACGUACGACGGAGGAAGUAUUAUUACAGGAUACGUAGUGGAAAUGUGUAGACUACCUCGAGACGUAUGGGAAAAAAUCAGCGUGUGCCACAGUACUUGUUUAGUUGUAAAUAAAUUAUCUCCCGGAAAAAGAUACAGAUUUCGAGUGAGAACUGAAAAUGCUCACGGAUUAAGUAGACCCAGCAAAGAGUCGGAGAUUGUACUAAUUUCGGAUGAUGCUUCGGGGGAUGAAGAAGAUUUUGAAGUUUUCGAUCAUCGUAUCGUAAAUUUAGAAAAUGGUUCGCACUUUCCGGAAUUAUACGAAUUGAAAGAAGAAAUUGGAAGGGGUCGAUUUGGCACCGUGUAUCGUUGUAUAGAGAUGGCGACUAUGGAAGAGAGAGCAGCCAAAGUUGUCAAAUGUCUGAAGACUAAAGACAAAAUGAAAGUGAGAGAAGAAAUAGAUAUUAUGAAUAGAUUGCGACAUCCUAAAUUGUUACAACUGGCUGCAGCUUUCGAAAAUCCACGCGAUAUUAUCCUUGUGAUGGAAUAUAUUUGCGGUGGUGAAUUGUUCGAACGUAUUAUUGCUGACGAUUUCGUUCUAACCGAAGACGAUUGUAUUCUCUUCAUGCAUCAGAUCUGCGAAGGUGUUAGUUACAUGCACCAGAAUAGUGUCAUUCAUUUAGACUUAAAACCCGAGAAUAUAUUAUGCAAAACCAAAACGAGUCAUCAGAUCAAGAUAAUCGAUUUUGGAUUGGCUAGAGUAUACGACCCAGCCGAUAAUCUAAGAAUACUAUUUGGCACACCCGAAUUUGUGGCUCCGGAAGUGAUUAGUUACGAACCCGUCUCACCCGCUAGUGACAUGUGGAGUCUCGGUGUUAUUUGUUAUGUCCUAUUAUCAGGUUUAUCUCCUUUCAUGGGCGAUAACGAUGCAGAAACAUUUACCAACAUCACACGAUCUCAAUUCGAUUUCGACGACGAAGCAUUCGAUGGUAUUUCGGACGAAGCUAAAGAUUUCAUUACAAAAUUACUUAUUAAAAGACCUAAUAAACGAAUGACAGCUUCGGAAUGUUUAAAACAUCCUUGGUUAAUGGAGAAUGUAGAUAAAAAGAAAGGUAUCCAAAUCAGUACUGAUAAACUGAAGAAAUUUAUAAUUCGUAGAAAAUGGCAGAAAAGUGGUAAUGCCAUCAGAGCAAUCGGAAGAAUGGUAUCUUUAACGGGAUUAAGCGGAUCUAGAUCUUCGUUGGGCAGCUUCAGUAGUGCCAGUAGUUUUGGUGAAAGAAGUGACAGCGAAACUUCGUCUCCCACUUCUACUUCUAUGAGUAGAUUUAGUAGCCAACCUCCAAUUCAGGAAUAUAUGGAAGGAUUAAAUAAGCACGAACUACCCGAAUAAAAUGAAAAGAAAAAUUAAUAUAAAAAGUUCCUGAAUUCUAUUCGCAUAUAUUCAUUCGUUUUGUUAUACUGUGCAAUACUUUUUAAAAUUUCUAUUUAUUGCCAUCAUUGUCUUUGUACCUUGUGAUCUUCAAGUGCCUUAUUAAUAGUGCCUAUCUGUAUAUAUUGUGUCAAAAAUUGAUAAAUUUGGAAUUCUACCUA